AUGAAUGACUGCGGAGGAGAGUUGAGUGGGUCAAAUGGAAUUUUAUCGUUCCGGCAACAGCCAUCAUAUCCAGUAGUCUGCGUCUGGCGAAUCACGGUAAAGCCAGGAGCAAAAGUGCAGCUCUUUGCAAACACUCUAACUAUGCCUUCCCGCGCAUCUCGGUUACGUGUGUUAGACGGAAGCAACUGUGGACGCAAUAUACUGAGAGUGUUUACUCAAUAUGAAAGAUUUCCUCAAAACGGCAUUGUCUCAAAUAGCAAUACGAUGGUGGUUGUGUUCACAGAGACAGUUACUGAAGUAGCGCGGACAAAUAUUAAUGCCUAUUUUUCAGAGGUUAUACCGGAGGUCACUACAACCAACGGGACGGGUACAACGCCAGUUAGUUCGAUGAAACCCACCGAUGGAGUUAUACCGGAGGUCACUACAACCAACGGGACGGGUACAACGCCAAUCUGGACUGCGCCAGGUAGUUCGAUGAAACCCACCAAUGGAGCUACAAAAGCCGUGAACAAAUUCCCCUUCACCUUUCUCGUUGUUAUCUUCAUUUGUGAGUUGUUAGUUCCUUUUGAAUAA